GUGUGUGUGUGAGAGAGAAGGGGAGGGCUGAUUCUGCAGCAGCAUAUUGUAACUGCAGGUGCAGUGAAGGAGACUCUCAGUUCUCUCGUGUCGUGACUGAAAACUGAAGUUAACUGUGAAAACUUCAGGGUGUGUUGUGCUGGUCUCAUGGCUCUCAUCACCAACGUGAGCGCCCUGCUGGUCUUGGCUUGUAUUUCCCAUCAGCUGAUGUCGAGCAGCUGCCAGAAGAGCCACGGACGGCGGGGGAGAGGUAUGGACAGAGGACAGCCCAAGGUCAGGCUGGUCGGGGCGAGGUCAGGGCCCAAGGCGGGCCGCCAAUCCGCGGCCGUCCCCGCCCACACCCUGAAGGGCAAGAUGGUCGUCAAAGACAAGUCCGAGUGCACGUGGGCCGCCACCGGCGAGGACACCUUCGUCCUGGGUGUCUCGUGCCGGAAGUGGGGCAGGAGCUUCGGCUGCGAGUACGUCGCCAGGCCGGCCGCCUGUCCUCAGUACGCCUCCAACGUGGACCUCUACUGGAAGCAAAUCGCCAGGGCGCUGAGGAAGCAGAGGAGCGCGUGCGGGGCCGCGCGGGUCACGGCGGGCGUGUGCCGCCGCGCGCCCGCAGACGCGCACUUCAGGCCGCGUAAGGCUCCGGGGAAUCCCGUCCGGCCUCCCGCCCCGGGUCCGGCACCCAAGGGCGCCAAGUCGUGUGUGCCAGGGAACCGGAAGCUGGCCGAAGAGCACUGCAACGAGUCCUGGUCCAGUUUCUGCACCUUCUUUUUCACAAUGGUGCAGGAUUACGAUUGCUGAGGCUGAUCAGAUCUCUGUACAGUAACAUCAGUACUUAUCUUAUUAUAGACUAUUUAAAGACAAAUGCAUCGCCAUUCCUGACAAGUACUCUAACCCUAUUAUUACCUUUUCCUUCUAUUCUUUAAUGCUGUUUUGUUGAUUUCGGGAGAUAGCUGGCUGUUUAAUAAAAUACUGGACACACGUAUAAACUUAACCCAGCAUA